AUGCUUGGUUUUGAAAUUUAUUUUGCACGUUCGAUUAAGGGUACGUUCGGUAAAGCGCGAUUUAACGGUGCGAUUAUUGCAGCUGAAAUACGUAUGGGUAAUGUAAAAGAAGUUGACUAUAACCAGUUGAGUACAGUGAGGAAUACGGACAGAUGGUAUCCGGAAUUUAACACAGUUUACUACGCACAUCAAGAUGAUCAACGUGAUGAAUUUUGUAUCUAUGAUGAAACUCAAAUUAUCCGAUGGAUUAUUGUUAUUGAUGAACGGUACGAUAGUAAACUACAGGAAUAUGGAUUAAAUGUUGAAUAUAAUGAUACAAAAUACUUUUGUUGUUAA